CUCCGGUUUCCCUUCAACUUCCCUCCUCCUCCCGCCCGUCUUAUGACUUCCGAUCCCUUUCUUCCAUGGCCAAAACCCUAGCUUUCUGCCAAUUGAUGUCCGUUCAUCUCUUCUCGUGGAACAGAGUGGACGAUCCGAUCGAUUCGUAGGGCUUUGUUGAAGAAUUGAUUGGGAUCAGAUCAUGGUGGAGAUCUUUUCCUCCCGGUGGAGAUUGCCGUUGCAGCAUCACCCGCGAUGGCUGGUGGGACUGCUCACCACCCACAGGACGCUGGUUUUGGUGCUCUGGAUCGUGGGAUUCGCACUGGUGUUCGGGUGGCAACUGAGCUCGAUGGACGGCGUCGCGUUCUUCCGGAGGGGGCCGGUGGCGCGGCCGGUCCCCAGGCUGCGGCCUGUGGCGUACAAUUUGACGGAUUUCGGCGGCGUUGGGGACGGGAAGACGCUCAACACCGAGGCGUUUGAGCGCGCGGUGGAGGCGAUUUCGACGCUUGGGGCCAGGGGGGGCGGGCAGCUCAACGUGCCGCCCGGGUUCUGGCUUACGGCACCCUUCAAUCUCACCAGUCACAUGACUCUCUUCCUCGCGGAGGGCGCAGUGAUUCUGGGAAUAGAGGAUGAGAGUUAUUGGCAACUGAUGCCUCCUUUGCCAUCAUAUGGAUAUGGGCGGGAGCACAAAGGGCCUCGAUAUGGAAGCCUCAUACAUGGUCAAAAUCUGAAGGAUAUUGUUAUAACUGGACAUAAUGGUACAAUAAAUGGUCAAGGUCAAGUGUGGUGGACGAAAUACAAGAAAAGAAUUCUCAACUACACGAGAGGACCUCUUGUGCAGCUCAUGUGGUCCAAGGAUAUAGUCAUCUCUAACAUAACUCUGCGUGACUCCCCUUUUUGGACACUGCAUCCCUAUGACUGCAAGAAUGUAACCAUCUCGCAUGUUACCAUCUUGGCUCCUGUUUCCGGAGCUCCAAACACAGAUGGUAUUGACCCAGAUUCUUGCGAGGAUGUGUUGAUAGAGAACUGUUACAUAUGUGUCGGUGAUGAUGCAGUAGCCAUAAAGAGUGGCUGGGACCAGUAUGGCAUAGCAUAUGGGCGUCCAUCUGCUAACAUCACACUCCGUAAUCUCACUGUUCAAUCUGUGGUGAGUGCUGGCAUAUCCAUAGGCAGUGAGAUGUCUGGUGGAGUUUCAAAUAUCACAGUGGAAAACCUUAUUGUUUGGGAGUCGAGACGAGGCAUCAGAAUAAAGACAGCCCCAGGGAGAGGUGGUUAUGUACGCAACAUCUUCUAUCGAAAUGUGACCCUUGAUAAUGUUCGUGUUGGAAUUGUGAUAAAGACAGAUUACAAUGAGCAUCCUGACGAAGGCUUUGACCCUGCAGCUGUGCCCAUAAUCAAGAACAUAACUUAUAGUGGAAUCCAUGGCCAGGGUGUUCGUGUUCCAGUUCGGAUCGACGGCAGUGAAGAGAUCCCUGUCAAGGAUGUAAGCUUUCAGGAUAUGUCUGUUGGUUUAAGCUACAAGAAGAAGCAUAUCUUCCAGUGCUCCUUUGUGGAGGGUCGUGUAAUAGGGUCUAUUUUCCCUGCACCAUGUGAGAACCUUGACCUAUAUGAUGAGCAGGGAAGACUGGUAAAGCGAUCGUUGUCACAGAACAACACAGACAUAGAUUACGACAUUUAAUUUUUGUUUUUAGGCUAAUGGUAAUAUUGGUUACUACAUUGUGUCAAACACUCUUUCAAGCACAUAUAUUGAGCUGUUCACACCCUGGCUUGUAAAUAUAGAGGAUUUUUUAGUGUUCAUUUUGUAUGGAUAUGAAAUUUUCAGCUCUUGGAAUGAUCA